GCCAUGGCCACACUGGAGCGAAGCUUACAAAAGCAAAAUUGAGCAAAAAUAUAUGUUUUUAACAUGGUUUUAUAACGCACAUCCAUCUGGAAAGAAGACAUCGCGACGCGUCCAAGCCACACACGCCCACCUGCAAACAGAACCGGCAGCGAGGUUAGUACCAUGGCCAAGGCGAACGGCUGGAAUGGGUGCGGAAUGGGCGUGCACGGCAAUGGGAGCAGCGUCUCCAUACGCUCCGCCUCGAAGUAUUCGCGUAGCACGGAGCUGCGUCGCGUCGAGGACAACGACAUAUACCGGCUUGCCAAGAUCCUGGACGAGAAUGCUUGCUGGCGCAAGCUAAUGUCGAUCAUCCCCAAGGGCCUGGACGUGCAGACUUGCAGCGCUGCCGGCGGUCUUAACUUUUCGGCGGCGGUCAGAAACGGAUUUAAGUAUACGGCGCAGGACGUGUGCCAGAUUGACGAGGCCGCGAACAGGCUGCCGCCUGACCAAAGCAAGUCUCAGAUGAUGAUUGACGAGUGGAAGACCUCAGGCAAGCUGCACGAACGGCCCACGGUGGGCGUGCUGCUCCAGUUACUGGUGCAGGCUGAGCUCUUCAGUGCGGCCGACUUUGUGGCGCUGGACUUUCUAAGUGAACCCACGCCCGAUCGCCCAGCCGACGGCCCCGCAGCUCCUAUAAGCCUCGACCUGUCAGAACUGCUAGAGGAAGAAAUGGACGUGGACAACGAGGGACUGGGUUACCAGCAACCGAACACUGCCACCUUGAAUGCCCAGGGCAGUGUGGGGUUGAAUCUGGACAAUUUCGACAAGCACAUGGUUACGCAGGAUAAAAGCGUGCCGCAGCCAUCCGAAAACGUUCCGCCCAUUGCCCCGCCUCGUGCCUCCCGCCUGCUAAGGGACAGUGCGAGUUCAAGAAAUGCAGCGAGCACAGGGACAGCCACUUCUUCGGCGACCGUCCCCAACAUCCCCAAUCUGACAAUUCUCAAUCCCAGCGAACAAAUCGAGGAGCAGCAGCCGCGUCCACAGAACAUUCCCAACCUGUCCAUACUCAUUGCCAACUCGUCAACUUCGAUGACAACGGCGUCCACUUCGCUGGGGAACCCAAGCACCCGAGCCAGUUCCACGGAGCCGCCAAACAUACCGCGCAUCACGCUGCUGAUUGAUAACUCCGCCGAGAUAAGGUCGCCCGCCCAUGAUGCUACGGGUAGAACCGCAACUGCAUCAAGCGCCGCGGCGAGCUCGAACAAUUUGCCAAUGAUAAGCGCUCUAAAUCUGAAUACUGACAACGGCGAGGCCCCGCAUCCGGACAGCAGUAGCAGCUCGAGCAGCUUGAGUAACGAUGAGGAGGACGAUGACGACGAGGUGGAUGGAGAGGGCGAUUUUGCGGAUGUAUCUCUGCCAAACAUGAGCAACUCGGAGCAACCGAACUCCAACAAUGACUCCAGCCUGACAACGGUCACUGGCACCAGCGGUGAUAACAGCUUCGAGCUAACUAACGACUCUAGCUCAGCCUCAAAUGACGAUUACGCCGGUAACAUUCCAAAUUUGAGCGAGCUGCAGCACUAGGGAAAGUGACGACAAGCCCGUCCAUGGAGCAGACAAGACAGACAUUCCAUUCCGUUAACCAUAUUAGCCUAAGUUAUGUUUGUACUACCUGCGUGUAUUUAUAUGUUAACCGACGCCGACGACAUCGGCCUCCUCUAAAUGCGGACCUAGUUAUAUAUUAUGCAUACUGUGUAAGGUCCAAGUAGAAUCUAAGAUUCGGGGCAAGCUUUCGACAUACCACUAUUGUUUCGUUGUCCAUAUCAAACUACUGACCCAGAGUCCAUGACAAGUGGCGGCAAUAUCAAAUAUUUCCGUUUCGAGAAGGCCAUAUGUGUGUAACCAAAUAACCGAUUGUAACAAAUUUUGUAUCUUUUACAAAGUACGCAUUGUUUUUCAAGUAUAAAUAUACUAAACGAGAAAAUGGG